AGGUGAAAAUUGGGAGAAAGUGGAAACUCGACAUUCUGCUCUCUCUCUCGCUCUCUUUCUCUCUCUCACUCACACACUCACACUCCAGUGUGUGCGUAUGUGUGUGUGUGUGUCUCCCUAUGUCUCUCUCUCCCUCCCCUCCCUCCCCUCACUGGGAGAAUGCCCGUGUUGUACUGACAGAAACGCUACGGGCUCAUCAGACAUGGAGGCCCGAUUAACGGGCAGAGGCCCAUUCUCACGCCUUUAAAAACACAACCCUUCGCCGGUCCCCGGACAAAGGAAAGCCUGGCGACAUUUCGGAACAUUACGGCAGUUUACCGAAGGAACCAUGUUGGGACUCAUGAAGGGAGGAUUUUGAUCCAAAUGAUGUGAAAUCUCGUUUUUGGACCUUAAAUAAACUUUGAAGGUGACGAGGGCUGGGCAGCCAGGAAAGGACAACAUUGCUUCAACCCAACAAAUAUUAUUAUAUCCCUUCCCAUCUACCACCUCCAGCUGGAUUCUGCAUCUCCCAGUACUGUACUGCUUGUGAGCAUACCCUGCUCAGCCCUUCCCUGAUUCUCAUAUCAUCAAUGGAUCAGAGGACACAAGGAGGGCCCACCACACCACCUCCUCUCCCCGCAAAUACCCUACCAGUUGAGUGUGAGAAGGAAGGAGGAGGUGGGAAGAAAGACGAUGAAGAUGAAAAAAGGAAACGGGAGAAAGAAAGAGAUGCGGUGCCGGCUGUUCCCUGUAACUCAGAGAGUGGUGCCGGUGACCAACAGCAACAGCAGUCUCCGCAGUUCUCGGUCAAAGAGACCAGCUACUCGGAGGGCAACGUCAAGCUUAAGAUAGGCCUCCAGGCCAAACGUAUGAAGAAGCCCCCUAAAAUCCUUGAGAACUAUGUAUGCAGGCCGGCCUUCAGAGCAACGGUUAGACAUGGAAGCCGAGGCGGUGGACGAGGCAGCCGUCGAGUGGGACCAUCCGAUGGUAGUGGCAACACUCCUAGUAUGCCACAUAUUAAAGAAGCAGAAAAGGACCCCACUGUUAAUCCAGGAGCACUUCAGUCAUCAGGCGUUCCAUCCAAUACUGCACCUACACCUUCUCUUCCUCCUUCCACUUCCACCAGCCCUGAAACUCCUGUGAAUGGGAAUGCCCCAGCUAAAAGAGGUCCUCCGAAGCUGGCUUGCAAGUCAGAAGGAAAGGCAGAUGUGAAGUCCCUUGCAUCUUCAGAAAAAUCCCUUAACAGUCACUGCCCUGUAUCAGACAGCAAAUCACACUCCUCUGGAAAAAAGAGCCUUGUAUCCCAAACCAACCCACCAGCUCCUACACUACUAACUUCUCCCCCCAGUGCAUCUCCACAUGACCCCAAAAUUGAUGGAGUCACAAAACCGCCCCAAUACACUUACACGGAGAGCCAGAGGGAGCAAGAAAGAGGCGCUCCAAACUGGGGUACUCCUACAGUCACUGAGAAACUCGCACAGCUUAUAGCCACCUGCCCGCCUACUAAAUGUCCUAAGCCCAAAGCCCGGAAAGUAACCCCAGCUCCAGCACACAGCAGCUCACCUCCCCUGAUCUCCAAUUUGCAGCGGCCUGAGCGGGCCAUGGCCAACAGGAACACGUAUUCCAGGGUAGCUCAUCUUGCCCCUCCUCCACCUGUGUCACGGCCCCCAGGUCGUCCAUAUGGCUCACGAAACAAAGACAGUAUUCUGGAGAAGUUAUCUGGCAUACCUAGAAAAGAGGAAGCUGGUGGACUUUCAAAGGAGAUUACAAGUAGCAACAGUAACAGCAGCAACAACAUUCCAGCAGUAUCUUAUAGCAACAUUCGCUUAACAACCAAUAAUGAUAGCAAUGACGAUGAUAAUAGCAAUGGAAUAAAAUCGCGUCUUGGGCCACAUUCAUCCACACCUUCUCUUUUCUCCUCUUCCUUGGAGAGAAUAGGGAGUGGGAUCAGCCACCAGGUGAUGCCUGCCUCACUUGGAUCAAGGAUAACUGCAAGCCCCUUACAAACAGAGGAACCCAUUGAUAGACAGAAAGAGAGAGACAAAGACAUUUUUAAUCUCAGAGAAAUAAGUAAAGGCUCUUCCCCUGCAAUGUCAGGGAAGCAGGACACUAAAGAAAAGGGGCCCUUCUCUGUACCUCGUGGAGAGAGGGGAAAAAGCCUAAGUCCACCUAAACGAAGUCCUGCACAAGAAAGUCACGCUAGUGGAGAACAUAGCCCUGCCGAGUCCACCAAAUUCACUGCUUCUCCUUCUAUCCCUACCGGUACUAGUCGCAGCCUCUCACCACUUUGUGAUGACCAUGACCCUGCAUCCCCUGGAUCACCAGCAGAACAGGAGUCUAAGCCUCUGAAAAAGCGGCGGGGUCGAAGACCUCGCUGGACUAAGGCAGUCAGUCGCACACAAAGAGCGUUAGAAGAUGCUACUCCUAGUCAAACCAAAUCCACCACACUGCCUACCGACCUUUCACCCUCCCCACCCAUUCGUCGGCCUGUUGGAAGGCCACCAAAUGCUAAUCGUGUGCUCCCUGUUGUCUCUGAGCUCUAUUCUCCACCACCCAAGAAAAGGGGCCGGCCUAAGUCCAAAAUGCCAACACUGGAUGCCCCUACACGUGGUCGGUUGCCUCUCAAAGUGACUACCCCAAAAGUAUACUCCAUGUCCAAAGAGGAGCAGGAUCCCCCUGUCUUGCACCCAGAGGUGGACCUGAAUCCUCCUAAACCCAUGCCACGAAAGAGAGGAAGACCAAAACGCUUACCUCCAACCCUACCCCAGGAGACCCAGCCUCCAACUCUUGCUCCAGAGCCAGGGGAUACUGUGGCAGGCGACAAGUGCUUUCACAACAAAGGCAAUGGGCAGCUCAUAAUGAAGACGAUUAUCGGCAAGAUCAAUAAGAUGAAGACUGUAAAACGCAAGAGGUUUCUCAGCCAGAUCCUGUUGGGGUCAGGAACUGAGCCGGAGGUCACUAAAAGUACAGGCAUGUCAGGGACAGUGGCUUCUGCUUCACAAUCUCUCUCAACCCUUGCUGCGACAUUUGGUGGUAAACUUGGACCACAAAUCAAUGUAAGCAAAAAAGGGACAAUAUACAUGGGAAAAAGAAGGGGCCGCAAGCCAAAAGCACCAGCCAACAAUUCACCGGGUGCCCCUACACCACCACCAGAACCUUUUUUGACCCCAAACACUUCUUCCCCACACCACUCCCAUCAGUCUUUGGCUUCACAGAACCAGCAAAACCAGAUUCCCCCCUCAGACAUUUUCCCCUCACCUUCACUUUCCCAGUCUAGUGGAGGACAAAGCCCCAUCAGUGACGCUAGUUUUGUGGAACCUGGGUCAGUCCACUUAAUGUCCCACUCACACUGUAGCCACCACUCAUUUCCCUUUACCCCACCGGCUCUUUCAGCACCUUCCCCACGUUGUUUGGGAGUUUCCACGCCUUUGCUCUCCUCUCAGAAGAAGCCUUCUUGCAGAGGUCACCACCAUCACCAUCACCACUACCGACAACAUUACCAUUGUCGCAAGCUCUCACCUCCCAGGCCCCUAUUGCCUACAUCCCCUGCUCCUCUUAGUGAGCUGAAGGAGGCCACACCUUCCCCAGUCAGUGAGUCACAUAGUGAGGAGACUGUGCCCAGUGACAGUGGCAUCGGAACUGACAACAACAGUACAUCAGAUCGUGGGGAGAAGGCUGGGAGUGCUAGUGGGUUAGCUGGGUUAGGUGUCUCACAGAGUUUGACCAAUGGGCUACUAAUGCCUGGAAUGAUGGGGUCAUCAUUGGGCAUUGGGGUAGGGCAUAACCCCAGAGGCAGUAGGAGACAUUCAUCUACUGAACUUCUUGAUUGUCCUUCACCCACACCAUCCCCACUUGGAGAGAGGUCGUCAGCUGAUCCACGGCGACCACACCCAUUGGCUCCUGCUUCAGCACUAGUGGGCCACAAAGAGAAGCAUAAGCAUAAGUGCAAACGGCGUGGGCAUGGAUGCCCAGGCUAUGAUAAGUUGAAAAGGCAGAAACGCAAACGCAAGAAGAAGUACCUGCAGCUGCGUUCACGGAGGCAGGAUCCUGACUUCCUGGCUGAGCUUGAUGAGAUAUGCGUACGGCUUUGUGGAAUACGAAUUUCACACCGCACACCAGCUCUUCGCUUGGGCAGCAGCCUGGGUCUCGGUACAGGAACAGCUGGCACAAGUCAUGGAGUUGGUAUGGCUAGUACCAGAGCAGGCAGUAGCAUUGGCGGUGGCACCAACCCCACACCUCAUCAUUACUUGCAUAGAGACCUUUUACCCACAAUCUUCAGGAUCAACUUUAGUGGGUACUACUCACCCCACCCAGCAUACCCAUGCGAUUCCCUGCACUAUGUCCGUAAGCCUGAUCUCAAGAAAAAGCGUGGAAGGCCCCCCAAGCUUCGAGAGUCAAUGUCAGAGGUGCCUUUUGUUCCUGGCCUAGCGUUCCCCCUUACCAGUGGAGGGUUCUAUCACCCGUCUUAUGGUGUUCCAUACUCCUCAGCCCCUCUUGGACUUGGUUAUUAUCGGGGCUAUCCCCCAGCAAGUGCACUGUACCCUCACCCUCACCACCAGGCUCCACAUUCUGCCCCAUCCCACCAUGGCCACCAUAGUCCUUCCUUCCCUCCACCUCCUCCUCCUUCAUAUGUUCAUCAUCAUCAUCACCCUCCCCACCUGCUUCUCAACCCUUCUAAGUUCCACAAGAAAAAACAUAAGCUUCUAAGACAAGAGUAUCUCAGUGGGGGACGUUCAGCAGUGCUGUAUCCUCCUAUGUCUUCUGAACUGUCAUUUAGCUGGCACCAUAAACACAAGCACAGACAUAAACAUCGUGACCGGUGUGGAGAGGAAGAGGGCGAUGAUGGUGGAGGAGUUGGUAGUAGUGGUGGUGGUGGAGGAGGGAGAAAUGGAAGCGAAGGCAUGGGAGCAGGAAGAGGGGAUCGAGGGAGAAGAGGGGGAAGCAUGGAAUCACUCAAGCAUUGCGGGUAUGGUCCAGAUGGCUCAGCUGACUCCAGUGCUAACAAGCAGGCAGCUGCUACCUCUGGCAACUCCCCCUCUUCCUCCUCAUCAUCCUCAGCAGAAAGGUACAAGCAGAAAGAAGCCUCUAUGUCCUGUCUGGUGCCUUCAAGACUGUCCUUGGGCCAAGGGAGUCGGGGGCACCAUACUGCGGACUCUUGGUUCAGGAUUGGCAGCUACGACGUUGAUUACUCCAAACUUUCCCACAAUCAGACUCUUGGGCAGGGGGCAUUCUCUGAUGGACAUGUGCAUAACUCAAUGGGUUGCUCAGACAGUGAGGAUGAAGAUCACACUUCACCAAAUGAGGAACAGGACUCGGGCUCCCACACAAACCUUUUUGCUUCAGCCCUUACUCGGACUUCUCUUAGAUGUAAUCAGGGCAGGAAAGGUGGGAGCUCUGAGGGCUCAAGUCUGACUCGUUUGGACAGAUCAGUGAGGAAAGAUCUCUCCACAUCUGCUGAGAGGAGAGAAUCAGGAAACUGUGGUAUACAGACACGAUACGGUCAGUUUAGCGCACCCGAUUUUUCGGAGGCUCCUCCCCACCGACACCAUCACCAUACUCCUCUGUCUGUCUCCCACUCGUCCUCCUGCGUCUCUGUCUGUGGCCUGGAGCAGCCAGGGGCGAGUCCAUCCGCACGAACUUCACAGCCUGCAUGCUGCUUGGACUCUUCCCCCUCCCGUUCUUCCCAACGUUCAGCCCCACCUCCUCCCAAAAACAACUUACAUCAUGUCAACAAGAUCCUCCGGGCGAAGAAGCUGCAGAGGCAGGCACGCACUGGAAAUAACAUGGUUAAGAAAAGGGGACCGGGGCGGCCCCGCAAGAAUCCGCUACCCUCGCCAUCAGCAUUGCCCCCAACGUCGCCGCCUCCACCAGAGCCCGAACCGGAGAAGCACAGUAAAGAAUGGGAGGAAGACACGGUUACAGAUGCCAUUGAGUCUGUUAUACAGAGGCAAAAACGAAAAGGCCGAAAGAGGAACCGCUGGGAUAGGGACAGGGAUGAAAAUGGAGAAGAUGAAGAUGAGACCGUGCAUGAGAGGGAGGAAGAAGAGGAGGAGGAAGCAAGGCCAGAGGCAAGAGAAGAGGAGACGGUGACACGGGGACAGCCGACAGGAGGGAAAGGAUGGCUGCCACAUGAGGAGAUGCAAGGCUUUCAAAGUGCUGUGGAAGGAAAAUCUGAUGGCCACUCCUCCCCUGAACGCACAGGUCCAACCCACAUGGUACAAGCCCCGCCCACACCAGUGACUACCCAACGGGAGAAAAAAGCUGCUAGGCCACCCAAGAAGAAAUUUCAGAAGGCUGGCCUUUAUUCCGACGUGUACAAGACGGAUGAUCCGCGUGGUCAGCUGCUACAGCUAAAGAAGGAGAAGUUGGAGUAUAUUCCAGGUGAACAUGAAUAUGGCCUGCUUCCUGCUCCCAUUCAUGUUGGGAAGUAUUUGAGACAGAAGCGCAUAGAUUUCCAGUUGCCUUAUGACAUCCUGUGGCUUUGGAAACACGACCAGCUGUAUAAGAGACCGGAUGUCCCUCUCUACAAGAAAAUAAGAUCCAACGUCUACGUUGAUGUAAAGCCGCUCUCAGGCUAUGAAGCCACUACCUGUAACUGCAGGUCCCCUGAGGACCACAGUGCUAAGGGCUGCAUGGAUGACUGCCUUAACAGGAUGAUUUUUGCUGAGUGUUCCCCCAGCACUUGUCCAUGUGGAGAGCAUUGUGAUAAUCAGCGAAUCCAGAGGCACGAGUGGGUUCAGUGUCUGGAGCGUUUCAGGACGGAAGGAAAGGGUUGGGGAAUCCGCACUAAAGAGCCACUGCGUUCUGGCCAGUUCAUCAUCGAGUACCUGGGAGAGGUGGUCAGCGAGCAGGAGUUCAGGAGUCGAAUGAUGGAGCAGUACUUCUCUCACAGCGGUCAGUACUGUCUAAAUCUAGACAGCGGUAUGGUGAUCGACAGCUACCGCAUGGGCAACGAGGCGCGCUUCAUCAACCACAGCUGUGAGCCCAACUGUGAGAUGCAGAAAUGGUCAGUGAACGGGGUGUACAGGAUUGGAUUGUUUGCCCUGAGAGACAUGGACAGUGGGACAGAGCUCACUUACGACUACAAUUUUCACUCCUUUAACACUGAAGAGCAGCAAGCGUGUAAGUGUGGCUCAGAAGGCUGCCGUGGCAUCAUUGGCGGAAAGAGUCAACGACUCAACGGCCUUCCUGGCAAAGCGGGAGGAUCAGGAGGCGGGGCACGAAGGCUUGGGAGGCUGAAAGAGAAACGCAAAUCAAAGCACCAUCUUAAAAAACGAGAGGAGGAAUCCAGCGACAGCAGCAAGUUUUUCCAGCACCUUCUGAUGAAGCCGAUGUCUAACAGAGAGAGGAACUUUGUCCUGAAGCACCGAGUGUUCCUGGUGCGUAACUGGGAGAAGAUGAGGGACAAGCGGGAGCUGUUGAAGAGGGAGGGAGAGAGGGAGCGAGAGAAGGAGAGCAGCCUGUCACAGUACGCCCGAUGGGGAGGUGUCAUCCGUGAUGAUGGGAACAUCAAAUCAGAUGUGUUCCUUACACAGUUCUCAGCGUUACAGACCUCGCGUUCGGUGCGUACACGCAGACUCGCCGCUGCUGAGGAAAACACAGAAGUCACUCGCACAGCUCGUCUUGCGCACAUCUUCAAAGAGAUCUGUGACAUGAUCACCAGCUACAAGGAUUCCUCAGGACAAACUCUUGCAGCUCCCCUGCUUAAUUUACCUUCUAAAAAGAGGAACAUGCAGUACUAUGAGAAGGUAUCAGAUCCUCUGGACCUCAGUACCAUAGAAAAGCAGAUCCUCACCGGACAUUACAAAACAGUGGAGGCCUUUGACACAGACAUGCUCAAGGUGUUCCGCAACGCCGAGAAAUACUACGGACGGAAGUCUUCGGUGGGCCGUGACGUGUGCCGGCUGCGUAAGGCGUACUACGGCGCGCGACAUGAGGCCGCGGUGCAGAUCGAUGAGAUCGUCGGGGAGACGGUCAGCGAGGCGGACAGCUCUGAUUCAAUGGACCGCGACCAUGCUCACCACGUCAACAAAGACGACGACAUCAUCCGCUGCAUCUGCGGCAUGUACAAGGACGAGGGCCUGAUGAUCCAGUGCGAGAAAUGCAUGGUCUGGCAGCACUGUGACUGCAUGCGUUUGGAGGCCGAGGUGGAGCAUUAUCUUUGUGAGCAGUGUGACCCUCGCCCGGUGGACCGAGAAGUCCCUAUGGUGCCUCAGCCCAGUUACGCGCAGUCAGGUUCCAUCUACUACAUCUGCCUACUCCGGGAUGAGCUGCUGCUACACCAGGGUGACUGUGUGUACCUGAUGAGGGACAGCAGGCGCACUCCGGAGGGCCAGCCACUGCGCCAGUCCUAUCGCCUCUUGUCCCAUGUUAACAGAGACAAACUGGACAUCUUCCGCAUUGAGAAACUUUGGAAAAAUGAAAAGGGUGAGCGGUUUGCUUUUGGUCAUCACUAUUUCCGACCUCAUGAGACCCACCACUCACCCUCGCGCCGCUUCUACCAUAACGAGCUGUUCCGAGUGCCGCUCUAUGAGAUCAUCCCUUUGGAGGCAGUGGUGGGAACGUGCUGCGUUCUGGACCUUUACACCUACUGCAAGGGUCGGCCGAAAGGCGUGAAGGAGCAGGACGUGUACAUCUGCGACUACCGGUUGGACAAAUCUGCUCAUCUUUUUUACAAAAUCCACCGCAACCGCUAUCCAGUGUGCACCAAAUCCUAUGCCUUCAACCACUUCCCCAAGAGACUCACACCCAAAAGGGACUUCUCACCUCACCACGUUCCCGACAACUAUAAGAGGAACGGCGGGCGUUCGGCCUGGAAGAGCGAACGCUCCAAAGGGAUCGGGGCUUGCGAUGAAGACCCGUCCCCAGGUGGGUCCUGCGACCAGCUGUCCUUCUCGAGAGACGCGGGAGGACACCCGAGCUGUAACCACGAGGAGUCCUCCACCGUGCUGUCCGUACUAGCACCACCACAGGAGCAGAGGAGAGCCGGCGAGGACGAAGACGAGGAGGAGGAUGAAGAGUUGGGUGAGGAGGAGGAGAGGAGGGAGGUGGAGGAAAGCUCCACGGAGAAAGGAGGAGCCGAGGCGUCCCCGGUCUCCUCUUCACCGCUGCACUUGUCUGUUUUGGGACGGAGGGAAGCACAGAGAGAACGACUCAACAAGAUCCUGCUGGACCUCCUGCAUCGGACCCCCAGCAAAAACGUUAUAGACGUCACUUAUCUUCUGGAGGAGGGCUCCGGCCGCCGCCUGCGCAGACGCACGCUGGGACUGAGCGACUUUGUGAGCAGGAAGUGAUGGCAUCUGGCACUGCAGGUCAUAAGCAGACAGCAAAAGGAAAAGAUGAAAAGAACCAUAUGCAGGAACAGCAAAAGAGGGAUGACGGUCUGAGAAAGGAGAGAUGACAGCUCGGGGCUUAAAGGCUCUCCCUUUCAAAACAUCUGUCCUCCAUUUUGCUCUAUUUUUCCUAAAAGACAGACUAGUGUAUGUGCACAGGAUAUGAGGUUUGUUUGUUUUUUGUUUUUUGUUUUUUUUGCCAGCAAUGAGAGAAUUAUUGCCUUGAUGCGUUUUUAAAAAAAAAGUACGUUGCAAUGACACAUGAACAUAGGAAUAUGUACUAUUUAAGCCUGUCACUAUCGUAUUAACUGUCUUUCCGUUUCUAAGGCAACAGAGGUCAAUGUUUUUUCAAGGUGGUACUACAUAGAGAAAGAAUGAAGCCUCUGAGAAUGGACUGUAAAGGGUGUGGUGGGGGGGGGGGUUAAGGGGGGGUAUGGCCAUGCAGUUGGACAGAAGAGGAGACAAAGACAGAGACCAGCACCUCUUAGUGGAUAGAAAUCCAUAUUUACUGAGAAGUGAGAAGAGGAGCAGCAUAGGAUGUGCAGUGUAGCGCACAUGUACACUGCCCCUGUCGACUGAGAGGAGAGAAGAGAAGAGAAAAGAAGGGAAGAAAGCAAGCGGAGAAAGAGCUAACUGCACUUUUUUCUAACACGGACAUCAUUUGCUCCUGGAGGUGUACACUAACACUCGUCACGGUAUCGGAAAGAUGCUGUGCGUCAAAAAAAACAAAAAAAAAGUACAUUAUUGGUUUUUGUUUGUUGUUCGGUCAUACUGUAAUUAUAUUAGGGUUGGCAAAGGACAGGAUGGAUGGGUUUCUUUAUUUUGUAAACGUGGAACAGUGGCGUGUUGUUUGGGGGGGAUGAUGGGAGGAGGCAGGGGGAGAUAGCUAUAUCGUGUCUUUUUUUUUUCCUCUCAAAAAAGAAGAAAAGCUCUGAGCUUUUUGGUGUGUGUGAAGUAACUCGCCCUGUUUUCUUUUUUUUUUUCGAUUUACCAGCUCAACGAGAUGUUUAACCAGUGGGGGUGCACUGACUUUAACUGUAACGCCUUAGAAUGAUCUCAGUGUGUGUGUGUGUGUGUGUGUGUGUGUGUGUGUGUGUUGGAGCGCUGCCCUGAAUGUAUGUAGCCUGUCAGAAGAAAAUGUCACAUAACUUUUAGGAAAAACUUUUUAAAAAAUUUAAAUAAGGGUUUGAUUUGCAGUUGAUGAUUGGCCAGGAGAAAGGGGGGAGGGGCUUCUUUGGGUGUGUGUUUUUUUUUGGUUUUCUUUCUUUUUGUUUCUUGUACUGUGUUGUAGAUGGCAAAAAGACAAUAUUAAUACUUUAUUUUAUUAUAAUUUUUUUUUUGCCCCAUGCAAAUGAGUUGUUUUUGGAUGAACUGACAAAACCGACAGAGAAAGACGGGGGGGUUGGGGUAAUGACGAGAGGAAGAGAUGUAUAUGAUGUGCCAAGCUAUGUAUAUAUGCAGACGGGAAUAUGUGAGAGAUGUCUCCAAAAAAGCAAUAUCUUGAUAAUGGAUUUUUUUUGUUUGUUUGUUUUUGUGUAUUGUAUUGUACAGGACUCAACCCUAUAUGUAUUAUUAUUAUUAUUAUUAAUUAUUAUUAUUAUUAUUAUUACGCCGUUUGUAUUGGCACCAUUGUUCAUUUAAGCUUGGGGCUUGAGGAGGACGUGGCUGAACGUUAAAAAAAAAAACCCGACGACGGAAGAAAGAAAGUAAGCAACUUGUCCAAACUUUUUGUUGACAUAGGAGGAAGGCGAAAUGGACUCGGCGACCCCAGACCUGACAACUGUCAUUUGUAAUUAUUAAUUUUAAUGCUAUUAUAAUUAUUAUAACUUUUGAAGGGGGAGGGGAAAAAGUACUCCUCGUUACUUUGCUGCAAAGUGUUGAACACUAAAAAAACAAAACCAACGUAAAAAUGUAAAGAUGCUAUUUUGGAAAAUGGCAGAAACAAACUAAACAAGAGGGGAAAAAAAGAAAUCUAUCAGCUGACUAUCAUGUUCUUAAUCUUUUCUUUUUUUUCCCCAUCUAGAUUUGGGGGAGGAAAAAAAACAGCUCUUUUUUUUUUCUUUUUGUGAUAACAGUCAUAAUUAUAAUGCUCGUAUUUCUUGUAUUUGUGUGUUUUUGUGUGAUUUGUUUAGUUAUUUUAGACAAUCACAAAAAUAACAUGCAAGCAUUGUAUAUGGACAGACUGACAGACAUUUUGUGUUGUGUACAGUUUGUCGAAACUUUUUCCACUCUGGUUUAAAGUUUGUAAUUAUGAUUCUAAAGUCAUGAAAAUGCUGUUGGUUUUUACUUUUUUUGUUUUGUUUUAUAUUCUAUUUGUUUUGUUUUUUUGUUUGUUUGUUUUUUAAUAAAAAGCACUACAUUGUUGUGAAUAUACCUGCCUGUUGCUCUUACAUUUAGCCAAGAAUCAUGUGAUAAUUCUUUACUAGGACAUAACUAUUGAUACUCAAGGUAUACAGUCAAAGCAUAUUUUAAUUGUAUGGAUAGUCAAUUAAUACAUCUGCCAAUAAAGUGAAUUUUAACUAUUGCAUAGAGCAUUUA